AUGACAUCUGUGCUCCAAAACGUCAAGGCAACAAUGGCCUGGCGGAAACACCAGCUCCUAGCUGAUUUUGAUGAGAAUGAGAGUCCUGUACCUGACAAAUUCAAGAGAAGGGCUUCUUUGAGUUCUCUCAAUACCUUCCGCAUGUCUCUAAGAAAUCGGGUACCAUUAAAACAAGUAGACCUGAAUUUUCAUAAGACCCCAACCUGGGAAAGUCUGGAAGCACGACAGAAUAGUCAAACUCUUCAGAGUAUUAAAAGAAAAGCAAAAAACGCUUUUGGAACAGUGUCCCAGAAAAUACAGAAGUCUUGCCAAAGCCAAGUCCACUCAAUGGUAACAUUUCCAGCUAAAUCCAUCAGCAGAAGCUGUGCAACUAGAUCUACGAAGAAAAGAAGUACUAUACCUCAAACUCCUUGCCAUAAGAAGAGUGUUACUCCACCAAACAGUUCCAAAGGCAUGCCAAGAUCCAGCAGAAGUGCCUUGCCUGGGCCAACAAGGGUGUCCGAACAUAGAGAAUGGAGGGGUUUCUCAUCCUGGCUUGGUAAAGACACUGUCUUUCUUCGGAGAUCAAGAAGAGCAGCAGCACUGAAGAGCCCUUAUUCAUCACCUGCUCCUGCCACAAGAAAGAUCGAGUUUGAUUGCGAGUUGGAGCUGGUCUCCUCAGGGAUUUGCAAAUUGAAGCAUAUCUCCCAGGCAUCCGAUGAAGCCAUUGUGCAGGAGGAGAGGCAACACGCAAUAUCCAACUACUACUCUCUAAUGGCAGAAAAUGUUCAGUCUGCACGUCGAUCUCAAAAACUUUCUCAAGCUAGCAGAAGGCAAGCAAAGAAAAUCCAUCAAGCCCUUGGUACUUAG